AUGCCUGCCGUACACGGGGACUUGAUGACCACGGUCGUCCCCACGGAGAAGGAGUUGCCCCUUGACAUUGUGCCGCGGCAGGUCAUACUCAGGGACCGAGUCACGGUCGCCACGCUGGUCCCCUUCACUUCAGCGGAUGCGAUCCCCCGAUCUCUAUUAGCUUACCUAUCCGAUCAGUUGAACAAGGAGAUUGAAGGUGGUGAUACCUAUGCCAUGAUUGAUCCCAUCCCCUUGGAGCAGUUUGGGCCGUAUUGGUUCUCCAAUUUCGGCGCGAUCAUGCUCAUGGGGGACAUCAAGAGUGUGCAAGAGGUUCAAGCACUAGGUCGGAACCGCGCCAAUUGGUCCAAGAUCUGCUUGGGCAGCUUCAAUAUACGUCCCAAUUAUCCCGGUCGUAGUAGUCACGUCUGCAAUGGCAUGUUUCUGGUCACCGACGCCGCCCGAAACAAAGGUGUAGGUCGACUGAUGGGGGAAGGGUAUCUCGAAUGGGCUCCUAAGAUGGGGUACACAUAUGCGGUCUUUAACCUGGUCUAUGAGAGUAACGUGGCAUCUUGCCGCCUGUGGGAUGCUCUGGGGUUCAAGCGGAUUGGCAGGGUCCCCGGGGGUGGUCGGCUCAUUUCCAAUCCCGGGCAGUAUGUAGAUGCUAUCAUCUACGGCCGGGAUCUAGGCCCGGAAGGGGAAGAUUCUGUCACACAAGAUCGGUUUGACAAGAUCCGAUACUAUCUCAAGCAUUCCAAAUAUCCUAGGGGGGCUGACCGGGCCGAGAAAAGUCGGCUUCGGAGUGCAGCUACCCACUACAAGUUGAUCGGAGGCAAAGAUGGGGACGGUGAGAAAUUGAUGCUGAAAGACAAGGAGGUUGUGUCCGACCCGCAGCAGCAGUACGAUAUUGCCCGGGAGAUGCAUAUGCAGCAGCAUGCGGGUAUCAACAAGACCACAGCUGCCAUUGCGGUCAAAUACCAUUGGGUGCGGAUCAAAGAAACGGUCAGUCGGGUGAUCCGGGACUGUCCACAGUGUAAAGAGAUCCUCAAGCCGCCUUUAAUUAAUGGAAUUAUGCACGAGGGUACCCCCGAAGAUGAUGAGGAUGAUCUGGGACUCGAUGAGGCUGACUUGGCGGAGAAUGAUGUUGACAUGGCAUCCAGCGAUCCUAUGGGUACGCAUGCGCUGAUGGACCACGCCACCAUGGAUGCUCACAAUACGAACCCAUUUGUGACCGCCCAUUCGGUAGUGCAAGGAUCAGUGGAUUCCAUCACCGAUUACACGGGCUUGCCGCUCGACCCACAAAUCAUCGACAUACAUCAGCAGCUCCCUCGAUUUCAUCCUCAUGAUACUAUGACCGAUCCUUACACCCACGCUGCACAUAGUUUACAUGCCUCAAGCUUCGACAAUGAUGUCCGUCAUCAUGCGGCCCAUGACUAUCAUAUGAUGGUUGAUCAUCCCACCGACCCUGAUCCGUCCGCGGCGCUUCAUCAAGAAGUAUUAGGGCUGGUACAUUCUCAGGCACACGACGUCCAUCACGAGCAGAUUCUGGCGAAGUAUCAGUACGUGGAUCAGCCAGAUGAUGGCCUGGAUUUCACAUGA